AUGUACAAUAAGAAUGCGAGAAGCAGAAAAAGGUCAUUACGCGAUAAACAUGGUGAUGGUUAUUUGGGGAGUUCCUUUACGUUUCUUUUUUUUUGUUUCAUUCAUUCAUUUUUACUCUUAUUACAACAUUUUGAUGGCGAUAUUUUUUUCUCCGAUGCUUUUCUUCUUGUCGUCUUUUACGCUGUUUUAUUCCUUUUAUUGUUUUCCUUCAUCUUUUCAUUCAUAUUUUCAUUCAUCUUUAUUCAUAUUCUCCUUGAUCUUUUCUUUCGUCGUCUCCUUCAUGUUUUCAUUCAUCUUUUCCUUCAUCUUUCCUUCAUCUUUUCCUUCAUCAUUCUUUCAUUUUUUUCAUUCAUCCUUUCCUUCAUCUUUUCAUUCAUUUUUACCUUCAUCUUUACCUUCAUCUUUCAUUCAUAUUUUUUUGAUCGUUUCCUUGAUCUUUUCAUUCAUCUUUCCCUUCAUGUUUUCAUUCAUCAUUUCUUUCAUCUUUUCAUUCAUUCUUCCCUUCAUCUUUUCCUUCAUCUUUCAUUUAUCUUUCCCUUCAUGUUUUCCUUCACCUUUCCUUCAUAUUUUCCUUCAUCUUUUCCUUCAUCUUUUCAUUCAUCUUUUCAUUCAUCUUUUCCUCUAUCUUUUCCUUCAUCAUUCUUUCAUUUUUCAUGUACUUUUUAUUCAUCUUCUCCUUCAUCUUUUCAUUCAUCUUUUCAUUCAUCUUUCAUUCAUAUUUUCCUAGAUCUUUUCCUUGAUGUUUUCAUUCAUCUUUCUCGUCAUGUUUUGAUUCAAUUUUUCCUUCAACUUUUCCGUCAUUUUUUCAUUCAUCUUUGCUUUCAUCUUUUCCUUCAUUUUUCAUUCAUAUUUUCCAUCAUUCUUUCAUUCAUCCUUUCUUUCAUCUUUUCAUAA